GUGAAGCAGCAGCAAUAAAAACAACAGUACCAGCAGCAACAUCAACAGUUUCCGCAGCAACAUCAACAGUUCCCGCAGCAACAUCAACAGUUCCCGCAGCAACACCAGUAGUGUCCGCUGCAACUUCAGUAGUUACAGCAGUUAAAUCCAGUUUAGCAGCAGCAGUAAAUCGAAAAGCAAGGUGUUAAGUGAACUUCUUAUCGAGUCAGGUGUACACUAGUGCGAAAAUGUCGCAAUCUGAUAACGCGGCACGUGAGCAAACUGCGGCAAACCCGGUGCCCGAGGCUUGUCAAGGUUGCCGCGGCCAAUUGCCACGUGCCACGCCAGUGGAAGUGGAGGACAUGGCCACCCCGUCGCUGGAGAAGCUCAUCCGUAAGGCUAACAUGGCCCAGAAAAUGCUUAACGAUGUGAUGAAGCAAAUCCAGAAGCAGCAGCAAAAGGAAUCUCAGGUAUCCGCCAAGGAGACCAAGUCCAAACACCGAUCUUCCGAUGGAGGUAAAAGCCGACACAGGGGACGCAAACAUGGUCAUCACUCUAGCUCAUCUUCCAGUUCCAGUUCCGGCCAUAGUGACUGCGAGCUGAUUCUGGCCGAGAGGGAGGAGAUCCUGCCCAGGAGGAGGCACAUUCGGGAGGAUCGCAAGCGGGAUCGCUCCAGGUCCCGCGGUCGUUCCCGUGGCCACUCGCGUGGUCGUUCCCAUGGGCGUUCUCGUUCCAGGUCCUACACCGAUUCCCGACGAUCCCGAGCACUGCCCCUGGCUCUGCCCGUUCGGAUUUCAGUGUGAGUAUCUGGCUUCAUUCAGUAUUAUCCAUUAUCAAAUAUCCAUAUUAUCCAUUAAGUGUAUAAGCGCAUAAACAAAAAUCCAAAAAAAAAAUACAAAAUAAAAAAUGAUUAUAAAUAAAUUUCAAGGUGAGUUUUAUUAUUGGUUUUAAUGGGAUUUAAAAUUGUAUAAACAAUGUUUUUAACCUUUAUUUAAAAUAUUUUUAAGGCUUAAAUGAAAUUCAACCUUUGAAAAAGGUUUCAACAAAGGUAUUUCGGGUAUUGAUGAAAUUCAAUGUAUUUUAUAUAUUGCCAGCGUUCAAAUAGGCAAUUAUAAGUUAGAGUUGUAAUAAACCGAUAUAUGCUUUGUUAUUUAAUUGAUGUUUAGUUAAUACAAACAAAAAAAACUUUAUAGAGCUAAGUGAAC